UCACAAGGUUGCUAUUCGCCAACUUGUAUCAUUCUCCUAAAUUACAAGCACAUCAUAGACUCACGUACCACACACAUACUUCAGCAUGGACCAACUACUAAGACAGAUGGGAGGUGGCGGUGGAAUGGGCGGGAUGGGAGGUCCGCCUGCAGGGGAUGGUACAGUCGCUGACAAUGCGGAGACGGUUCAUAUCUCAUCUUUAGCUUUGCUCAAGAUGCUCAAACAUGGUCGAGCAGGUGUACCGAUGGAGGUCAUGGGGCUGAUGUUGGGUGAAUUCAUCGACGCUACCACCAUCUCCUGCGUGGACGUAUUCGCAAUGCCCCAAUCCGGUACCUCGGUCACCGUCGAAUCUGUGGAUCACGUCUUCCAGACCAAGAUGCUCGACAUGCUCAAACAGACCGGAAGGCCCGAAAUGGUCGUCGGAUGGUAUCACUCGCAUCCUGGGUUCGGGUGUUGGUUGAGUAAUGUGGAUGUUAACACUCAGCAGUCCUUCGAACAACUCAACCCUCGAGCAGUAGCCGUAGUGAUCGACCCCAUCCAAUCCGUCCGAGGUAAAGUCGUCAUCGACGCCUUCCGUACGAUCCCCCCGACGUCGAUCAUGUCCGGCCAAGAACCUAGGCAGACGACGAGUAACGUCGGACAUCUGAACAAGCCGAGCAUACAGGCGUUGGUUCAUAAUCUGAAUAGGCAGUAUUACAGUAUCAACAUCGACUACAGAAAAUCAGAGGCGGAACAGGGAAUGUUGAUGAACCUGCACAAGAAGGGAUGGACGGAAGGGUUAAAGUUGACCGAUUUCGAAAAGCAUCACGAGGGGAACGAGGAGAGCGUCAAGGAAAUGCUCAACCUCGCUCAACAAUACAACAAGUCCAUCGUCGAAGAAUCCACAUUGUCCGCAGAAGAACUCAAGAUCAGGCACGUGGGUAAACAAGAUCCCAAGCGACACUUGGGAGACGCUGUGGAGAAGGCCAUGGGGCAGCAGGUCGUUCAGGGGCUUGGGAUGGGUGUUUUGAGCGAGUUGUGAGAAGGAUAUGAUCAUUUACGAGUGGGGUUGUGAUCUAGAUGUAGCUCUUUUUUCCUUCCAAUCAAUACGACUCGAUCCUGUUACGAACCUCUAUGACGUGACAUCCUAAGCGCAGAUGGACGGAUAUGAGGUCCGGUCAAGAAUUUGAGAUUGUUGUGUGGUCGCAUUCAAAUGGUCUUUAGUGAAAAUUUCGAAGAAGUGGGUAGGCUUGGGGUUAUGAUCGAU